CUCCUUUCCAGUUGAUACAGAAGUUUCGGUUCUGAACUAGAACUUUGUUGCAGUUUCUGUUUUCAAAAAUGUUAUCAGAAGUAAAUUGCCUUUACAUAACCAUCCAUCACAGGUCAUGAUGAAGAGUCAGGUAGCGCUCCUUUAUGUCCUGAUCAUUAUGAGUGAAGGACCAGCCCAAAGCCUGAAACCCCGCCGGAGCGUUUUCUUCUCAGAUAUUAACCUGAAGCUGUUUAAGGAGCCAGACUUUAUCGGUUUGAGCUCCCUGCUGGUCAGAGAAGACAUCGGUCUGCUCUUCAUCGGAGCCAGAGGAAAGGUCAUCACGCUCAAUUUGGAUGACAUCACUGAAAAGACCAGCGAGACUGAAUGGAUGGUGAGCUCUGGAGAAAAAUCAGAGUGUAUGAUUAAAGGCAAGAGCAUUGAGGACUGUGAAAACUACAUCACGACGCUGCACAGUCUGCAUGACAGCAGAAUCUUCACGUGUGGAACCCGUGCAUUCAAACCUCUCUGCACACACCUGUUGUACAAAGGAGGAAAUGUCACCAUGGAAACUACAACUCAGGAUGGCAGGGGGAGAGCUCCCUUUGACCCCCAUGAAGACUUUGUCUCCCUGAUGUAUGAAAACACAUUUUAUUCGGCUGUUUCUGUAGACUUCAUGGGAAAAAGAAAGCUUUUCAUGAGAACCGGACGCAUUUCUCUCUCUACUGAGGACAAAAUAUCUUGGUUCAAUGAGCCCAUCAUGAUUUCCAUAAACGUUGCUGAAACCAAGACAAGUUCAGCGAACAAAGAAGAUGACAAUUUGUUCGUGUUCUUCACUGAGAUUGCUGUGGAGGAACGACGCAGCAACCUGCGUUUGUCGAGAGUUGCACGAGUGUGUAAAAGAGACAUGGGAGGCUUCGUAAUUUCGGAGAAAAAGUGGACUUCUUUCCUGAAAGCCCGUCUGGACUGCCCGUUUGGAGACACAAGUUCACUUUCUCUGUUGCAGGGUGUCUUUUUUCUCAAAGAUGAAAAUAAUGUGACAGAGAGCCUCUUCUACGCAACAUUCACCUCUAGCCCGUCAUUCACCUCUACAUCCAGUUCCUGCAGUCAGUCCGCUGUCUGUGCCUACAAGCUGUCAGACAUCCAGCAAGUUUACAGGGGGAACUUUCUGACUGAGAUAAUUCCUGGAGGUUGGGUGAAGAACAUAGGAAAAGAGAGCUACACCUACCCUCGUUCAUGUAUUAAUGAUGAAAUGAGAGCCACGGGUGUGAGGACUUCUCAUGACCUCCCAGCAUCAAACCUCCUGUUUGCAAGGAACCAUCCUCUGAUGGAGGGAGCGGUGACGCCGCUCACUGGGAAGCCCCUGCUGGUUCGGUCUAUGGCCCAGUUCUCCAAAAUUGUUGUUGACAAAGUAACCUCUCUGGAUGGAGAGCAGCACAACGUCAUGUUUAUUAGCAACAACUCUGGUUGGCUGCAGAAGGCGGUGUGGUCUGGUGAUGAUGGAGGGCGAAUCAUUGAGGAGUUGCAGCUGUUUCAGGAUCCUCAGCCCAUUCGCUUCCUUCAGCUCUCUAGAAGCGGUCAGCUGUACAGCGCAACUAGAACUGCUGUUGCUCAGCUCAGUGUGAGGGACUGCAGCCGCUACACAUCCUGUGCUGACUGCCUUAUAGCCAGAGAUCCAUACUGUGGCUGGGACCACCUCAAAGGCCUGUGUGCUGCUGUUGCUGGUGCUUCAAACUUCUCCAUGAUCCAGAACCUUAUUGAUGGUGAUGCUACAAUGUGCCCAAGCUCUCAUUCAGUAUCGAUGCAGAUUACCGACAUCCACCUCACAGCUGACGUCGCACAGUUCCUCCCCUGCUCCCCUGAUGCCAAUCUCCCCAUCAGCUGGAGCUUCUCUGGUAAAAUCCUUGAGCCCGGUCCCCGACACAUUCUGCUCAGCCAGGGACUCGUUUUAACACCUUCCUUCACUGAUGAAGGCAUUUACACCUGUGAGACAGUGGAAGUAGUUAAAGGCAGAGAGCACAAGAAGGCGGUGAUCCAGUACCAUGUUAAGAUGUCAGAGGUGGGUGGGGUAAACUGGUUUCAGGCUAUAGUUAUCUACAUUUUAGCUUCUGUUUGUGUGCUGUGUGUAAUGCUCAUCAUCUACGUAUGCUGGAAGAAGAAACCUCAAAACCAUGUUGGCAGUGCCAGUGUGAGUUAUGCUAGCACUGAGCAACCAGAGGGGAAGACAGAGUCCUGCAACUGUGGGACUGACGCUGAUACUAAGAAAACCAAACCAACUAGGGUCAAAGAGAGUUCAAAAUCUACCAUUUAAAACAGGUUUAUAGUUCGAUAACGGAACAACCCACUUCUGUUACACUUUGUGCAUCACUGCCAUCAACUCUGUAAAAAUAAAUGACGAAAAUGAUUAAA